AUGACGCUCGACGAGUAUAAAAAAGUGCCUACAAAAGAGGUACUGGAAAAUGGUGCAGAAAAGACUUCUGUCCCACCCGUGUAUGGUUAUGGAGUGCGACAUAUUCAAGCUUUCUUUAUGUUUGUCGCAUACGCACUGGCUUACCUUGCGCGUGCGCAUUUGGGUGUCACCGUGGUAGCAAUGACCGAUGAAGUUAAGAACAUUAAUGAAAAUACUACUAUAGUAAAUGGAACGAACUUCACUUUAAACAGUGCAUUAAAUAGCAGCGUAACUGAGGAUAGUGUAUGGAAUAUUUAUAGAACGUACCAAUGGCCAAAAUCGACGCAGGAAAUGGUGCUGUCUUCAUUUUUUGUGGGCUAUGCCGUAAUGACAUUCGCAAGUGGGAUAAUUUGUCAGAAAUGGGGUGGUAAGAUACCACUACAAAUUGCUAUGUUUGUUAAUGGAAUAUUAUCGAUUCUGUCGCCAUGGAUUGUUGCUUGGGGAGGCUGGAAGGCACUAUCAGUCUGCCGCAUACUGCAAGGAUUAUCUCAAGGUGGUAUGCUUCCAGGCAUACACACGUUAUUAGCUAAUUGGGUACCAAUAAGUGAGCGUGGCAGUUUAAGCAGCUAUGUUUAUACAGGUUCAGGAUUAGGUACAGUAUUGGGCUUCCAAAUCAGUGGUCUUCUGGCAUAUAGUCGCUUUGGCUGGCCGUCAACCUUCUGGACCAUAGGUGUGCUCUGUCUGCUUGGAUUCACUCUUAUGACCAUAUUCAGUUCAGCUACUCCGUAUGAUCAUAAAACCAUUACGGAGGCAGAAAUGAAGUAUAUUAUUGGUGACUCAGGAGAAGGAACUCACACCCAACCAACAAUACCAUGGAAAGCGAUUUUCACUUCAACACCUGUUUGGAGUGCAAUCAUAACUCAUAUUGGGGUCGCCGUUGGCUAUACUUUCUUUUUCAUGCAAGUGCCGACUUAUAUGCAUGCGAUACUUAAAGUAAAUGUUAAAAAUAGUGGUCUUCUUUCAUCUUUACCUUAUGUAUCAUUUGUUAUCUGUUGCAUCUUCUUUGGAUAUUUAUCUGACGUUCUUGUAAAUAAAAAUAUUCUGACAAUGAAAAAUGUUAGAAGACUUAGCAACUCUGUGGGAACACUGGGACCAGGGCUAUGCAUAGUAUUAGUGUCGUAUACUGAAAACGUGACAUUAGCCGUAAUCUGUUUUGUGGCGGGCCUUGGAGCGCAGUCUGCAAUGCAUACGGGUUGGGUGGUUAACUACAUCGAUCUAUCGCCCAAUUAUAGUGGUGCAUUGAUGGCUAUCGGAAAUGGUUUAGCGAACUUUUGUGUCUUGGUACUACCAAUACUGGUUUCUAAUAUUGUCAAAGACGUGACAAAUCAAAUUCAGUGGAGAAUUACGAUGUUUUUAAUAGGAAGCGUGAUGAUCCUUGGAAAUAUCAUAUUUGUCAUCUUCCUUUCGACUGAUGUACAACCCUGGAACGAAAGAGGAUAUACAGAUUCCAAAGAUAACAAACUGAAGAAAGAGAAGGAAGUCCUCAAAAGUAACUCAUAA